AUGACCAAACGCAGUAGAGGGCUGGCUGACUUCGAGCACCCGCUCGCUCGAUUCCAUCUUGGUGAUGAUGCAGAGCCUACACCAGACCAACUUGCACCCUCUCCUCAAGCAGGAGAUCGAAGGAAGCGGCGGAGAAUCUUGGAACACAUCUCCGCUCAGACCGCUGUCGACCCUGCAGACCAACUCAGCUCCGACCAGCUCGCUUUCGAACAUCGAACCUACCAGAUCGAGCUCGCCGAGCUCGCCAAAGCCGGCAACGUCCUCGUCUGCCUCGAUACUGGCAGCGGAAAGACGCUCAUCUCGGUACUUCUGCUCGAACAUGUUCAUCGACUGCAAAACGUCCAGCUACCCCCUUCUCCUCCCGCUCCGCGGCGUCCCAAGGUCUCAUUCUUCCUAGUCAACCUUGUGCCUCUGGUCCAUCAGCAGUCUUCCUACAUUGCGGAACAUUCCAACCUCUCUGUCGGAAAGCUUUAUGGCGAGCUUAAAGGUAACCUACGCGGAAAGGGCGAUAAGCUCCAUGUUGAUAGCUGGCGUGAGCCGCAAUGGUCUGCGCUUCUCGAAGCUCACCAAGUCAUCGUCUCCACCGCCCAAUGCUUUCUUGACGCCGUUAUGCACGGAUUUAUCAAGAUGAACGACAUCAAUCUGCUCAUCUUUGACGAGGUACACCAUGCGCUGAAGAACCAUCCUUUCUUUCGCAUCAUGAAGUACUACAGACUCGCUCCCGAGAACGAGCGCCCCAAGAUCUUUGGUAUGACUGCGAGCCCCAUCUUUACCGGAACCGGUCACUGUAGCGACGCUUCGCGCUACCUUCAAGAAGUUAUGAACGCUCGUAUUCACACGGUGUCUAAGGGCUUGUUACAGGAUCUUCGCGAGUUCAGGCAGAAACCAGACGAGCUGGUCAUUGAGUUUGACCCCUAUCUGACAGUGCUCGAUGAUGAGUCGGACGGCGCUCAAAUGUCCGCCCUCAGCAAAGACAUGGUUGCUCGAUUUGGUAGAAAUCCCGCAUUGGGCGAAGACGCGGAGCUGGACCUGGCUAUGGAGCAUUUCGAAACGGAAGUGCGGCCCAAGCUCGACUAUAUCAUGCGACAUCUUGGCCCACUUGGCUGUGAUCUUUUCUGGCAUAGCACCCUACUCGAGUAUCGCUCUCGUGCACGCAGAUGGGCUAACAUCGAUCGCGACGACCGUACCCUGAUCAAUGACGACUGGAUUAUCGAUGCAAGUCUCCGAAAGUCGAUUGUCACCCCCGAGGAGAGCCAGGAGGAUGAAGACAGUGUCGAUGGUGGCAGAAGCGAUGCCCCCGCAGCUUCGUCUCAACUGACGACUGGGUCUGGACUCGGUCUCGGGCAAGCCGUUGUCCACUUGUCAACACAUAGCGAGCUGAAUCAACGCAUCAUACUUCAUAUGCAUUCUCAGCCUAAACUUCCCGACAAACUCACAUUUGAUGCUUCUAAUGCGUCACCAAAGGUGCUUCGUCUCAUCGAAACGCUCAAGUGCUUUGAGCCCAGUGCUCAGGAUUUCUGCGCUAUCAUCUUUGUCGAACGGCGACAGACGGCCAAGCUGCUGGUCGAGCUCAUCAAACGUGUCCCUGGUCUCGAGUUUAUCCAUCCUGAGUUCUUGCUUGGCCACGAGGAUGACUCAGCCCACGGUGGUACGCCGGGCAUGGAUUGGCACGUUCAGGUUCAAGUGCUCAAUCGAUUCCGACGCCGAAAGCCGACCAACCUGCUUGUUGCUACUUCGAUCGCCGAAGAAGGUCUCGACAUCCAAGCCGCCAACCUGGUUAUUCGAUUUGAUCUCUUCAACCGACACAUUUCCUUCCUCCAGUCUCGCGGCCGUGCACGUGCCAGCCAAAGCCGAUUCAUCCUCAUGGCUGAAAGAGACAAUCCGAGUCACGCCGAAGUCAUCCUGAACGCGUUUAACACGGAGGUUAGCCGCGCCAAGUGGCUCGAUAUUGUCGCUGAAACCGUGCACGAAGCAAGCAAUUUCUCACAGGACUUGCAGCAGCAGCUGCGCAUGGCGACGGACGAAGCUGUUGCAAACGAAGAGUGUAUUUUUGAACCAACGACGGGGGCUCGGCUAUUUGCUGAAGACGCACCGAGCCUCAUCUCGCACUACGCUGCCACGCUACAUGCGGAGUAUCUCAAAGAUGCGGUGUUGGCGUACAAGCUGGGGUCUACUAGCAAUGGAGCAAGUGCGCCGAAUACGUAUUCAUGCGUUCUGGAGCUGCCCAGCACGUCGGCUGUCCGCAGCGUCGAGUCGGGCGAACAUCGGGGCAAGAAGCAGGCUAAGCGCAUGGCUGCGUUCAAGGCAUGUCAGCAGCUCAGAGAGCUGGGCGAGUUGGACGAGCAUUUGAUGCCCAAGUUGCUCGAUAAGGCUGCACUGGACGAUGGUGCUUUGCGGACGGGCACAAUAAAUCCGCACCACAAGGCUUGGCGUGGGAGCGGACUACCGGUGCAUGUGCCGGUGAAGAAACUGGAUGGCUGGGCGAGGCUUGUAUGCCAACGCGAUGCUCACAGUACGGCUGCGUAUGAAGCCACGUACCUCGCUCUAGAUGACUUUGAUCCAGCAUGCCAGCCUCUUGUGUUGCUCACGCGCGGGCCUUUGCCGCCGACGAAGCUGCUCAAGCUGGUGCUCUCUAGUACGGGUCGCAUGAAGGACGUCCAGGCGACGCCGUUGGGUCCGCUUCCCGCACUUGGCAAAGCCGAAUUGGAGCUCGCCAAGCGAUUUACUCGCUUUGUUUUUCGAAUCAUCGAUCGCAAUGAUGGGCAUGGCAGCAGCAACAAAGGGAAAUCGUCUAAGAAGCAAGGCGACCCGGCUGUACUGGUCGUUCCCGUUCGCAAAGGACAAGGUAUCAAGACCGUGCAGUCUGCAUCCGACCUGCAACUCGACUUGCCCACCUCGCUCAACCUCUCGGGGUUUGACCUCACCCAAUCCGACGCCGAGAAAUUCCAAGGUCGCAUCCUGGUCCGACAACACGGCUGUCGUUCGCACGCGUUCUAUAAGAUCGAAUCUAUCCGACACGAUCUUACGCCCAACUCUCCCCUCGAUGCCUCCAGACCCACAACUGACAACCAGGCCCGCACGUACCUCUCUGAGCAUCUCAGGAUGUACGGUCGUCACCAUACGUCGCGCAAUAUCGCGCCCGAACAACUCUUCGACGUCCUUUCUCUCGAACUUGCCAACUCACCCCUGAUCCAAGUGACCAAGCUGCACAAACUGCAAAACCUGCUCAUGCCCUCACCGCAAAACCACACCGCGCGACCCGCUCCACCGCGCCGCUUAAUCGUGCCGUACUUCUACAAGCUGCACCCACUGCCCGUCCCCCUCCUGUCAAGCAUCCUCCUGCUCCCCUCCAUCCUCGUGCGCUACGACCAGCUGCUGCUCGCGCACGCCUGCAACACCAAGAUCUUCGCCGGUCGGCUCCACACCGACUUCGUGCUGGAAGCGCUCACCAGCCCUGCCGCGCGGAGUGCGUUCGACUACGAGCGGCUCGAGUUUCUAGGAGAUACGUUUCUGAAGCUCGUCGCGACGUGCCAUACGUUUACGACGCGGUUGGGGCAGACGGAGGCGGAGCUGCAUCUGGCGAACAAAGCGAUCCUGACGAAUGUGCGGCUGUUUGCGGAGGCGAGGAGAUUAGGACUGGAGAGAUUUGGCGUGUUUGGGAGCUCGGCGUUUGUGGUGGGCAGGUUUGAGGCGCCGAGGGUGGGGUGGGUCGGUGGGAGGUUGCUGGACGAUGCGAUCUGCGCGAGCGAGGAGAAUCGUUCGGACGAUGAUGGGUCUAUGGAUGUUGGCGAGGCCCGACAGGAGACUGGUGUGGCAGCGAUGUCGGAGGAGGAGGAAGGAGGACAGUGUGAAGCCGUGAAAGAGAAAACGCUGUCGGACAUUGUCGAAGCGCUGAUCGGAUCAGCCCUUCUCUCAUCCGGCACCUCACUGGCCCUCUUCGUCUGUCGAACGUUCCACCUCAUCCCACCCACCAUCCACACCCUCUCUGACUUCAACACACUCCUCGUCAACCUCAAGCAACGCUCGAUCGCCGAAGGCUGGGAACAGCGCAUCUCGCGCUCAGGGCUCGACCACCUCGAGGGGCUCUUCAGCCACACCUACCGCUACCCGCACCUGGCGCUCGAAGCCUUCACGCACCCAUCGCUGCUCGCCUCCGUCCUGCCCAGCUACCAGCGUCUCGAGUUUCUCGGCGAUGCCUGGCUGGACCUGUACAUUGUGCGCAGCAUCUUGCGCGCGCACCCGGGGCUGUCGCCGGGGAAGCUGACGGCGUACAAGGGAGUGCUGGCGAGCAAUCACGCGCUGUGUGCGCUCGGAGUGCGCGUGGGGCUGCAUCGGUAUAUUGCGAGCGACAGUACGGUGUUGAGGGAUACGAUCGCGCGGUACGCUGCUGCGCUCGGGGAGGUCGAAGAUCGUAAGAGCGGCUGGGUCGGGGGGCAGUACUGGACGCUGUUGCCGCCGAGCGUGGUGGUGCCGAAAGCGAUUGCCGACGUAGUAGAGGCGAGCUUUGCGUCGAUUGUCGUGGAUAGUGGCUUCGACGAGCCCACAAUCGAGCGCGUAUUCGAGCGCAUCUGUCGACCGUUCUAUGAGCGCAUCUGUCGGUACGACUCCCUCAACAUCCCCGAUACGCGGCGCAUGGUCGAAGUCGUCUUCGCCACGGUGCGACGCGGCAUCUCGCACGGACGUGUGCGCAUGGUCCAUAUCCAAACAAACCUAACGGCGCCCCCGGCGCUUGAAACCGCACAGGAGGAAGAGCAGCUCGUCGCGGCGCUGCUGACCGAGACCCGCGUCGAGCUGAGCAUCGCCGGCCAGGUGGUGGCCAAAGCGGCGGUGCUGCCGCGGAGCGCGGAGCACGUGCAGCGCGCCGUCAAGCUCGCGAGCGAGAUCGACGCGCUCCAGUGCGUGCUGCUUCCGCUGAUCGCAGGUAUUGAGGAAGCGGAUGGCGACGGCGACACGAAAGCAGCGGCGGUGGCGGUGGAGCUGGAUAGGCUGGACGAGUUGGAGCACCUCGUGUCUCAGCUGGCACGCACGCUGGGGUGGAAGCGCGUCUUCCAGCCGCUUGUUCCGCUGGGGGACGAGCAGUGCGAGGUGUGCAGCCUGGCCCAGUUGCGUAGGCUGAUUCUACCUGACGAGAAGGAGGAGGAGGAGGACGAUGACGGCGAGCAGUGCGCAGCAGCGCCCAUUCAGGAAGAGAGCACUCCCGACGACUUCACCAAAGAGUCACAGUAG